GGAGUUGCAGUAUAAUAAAGUCAGUCGUUGCCAUUAAUCUCGGUUUCUGGUCUGCUCAUUUCUUUAAAAAAAAAAAAAAAAAAAAGGUUUAUCUCUCGAUUAAUUUCGUCUCUCUCUAAAAUUGUAUUUUCUCUCACUUCAUUCUCUCCGAUUCCGACUCCCAGAAUUCCUUCUUGUUCCGUGUAAUUGUCCGAAGAGAGAGAUAGUUUCUUGGGAAGUUGCAGAGAUCCUAGACCAUUCAUGGGCGGGUCGUGAUUGUUUUGGUUCUCCGAGAAAUUGGAAAUUGAGGUCUCGAGCCGACUAUUUCUCAGUUCCGAUCUGGUUUUUCCGAGUCCAGAUCUCUGUGCUCAUUGUUCUGAAUCUUUAGAAAGUUCCGUUUUUCCUUUUGGAGUCCAUGAAGAACUCGAAGAGUUCCAGAGCUUUGUCUCUGUUUCUUCUUGUGUGCUUGAGCUUCACAUCAGUUCAUCUGAUUUCGGCUGCGAAUUACGUGCCUGCUGAGCAAAUCUUCCUCAACUGCGGUGGGCCCACGGAGGAAGCCGACGGGAAGAAAUGGACCUCCGACAAGGGGUCUCUGUACUUAUCGAAAGCCGCGAAGUCCACCACCUCGGAAGCCUCUUCUCAAGACCCUUCAGUCUCAACAAUCCCUUUCAUGACCGCAAGAGUUUUCCAGUCUGAUUUCACCUACAGCAUCUCCGUUGCCCCCGGCCGCAAAUUCAUCCGAUUGUACUUUUACCCCUCUUCGUACUCCGGCCUCAACGCGUCGAACGCCGUCUUUGAUGUCACGGCUCAGUCGUACACUCUCCUGAAGAAUUUCAGUGUCGCACAGACAACUGAGGCUCUGAACUAUGUCUCAAUCGUCAAGGAGUACUCUGUCAAUGUGGAAGGUGAUACCUUGGCCCUUACUUUUAAGCCGUCUUCGAGUAUUCCGAAUGCUUAUGCUUUUGUGAAUGGGAUUGAGCUUGUGUCUAUGCCUGAUAUGUAUUCUGCUGAUGGAACAACUAUGAUUGUUAGUCAAUCUGUUCCUUUUAUCAUUGAUAAUGGCACUGCUCUUGAGAAUGUGUAUAGGCUAAAUGUUGGUGGGAAUGAUAUAUCUCCGUCGAAGGAUACGGGUCUGUUUAGGUCCUGGUAUGAUGAUACUGUUUAUUUGUAUGGGGCUGCUUUUGGGGUUCCUGAAACUGCUGAUCCAAACAUGACAAUCACGUAUCUUGAUGGUGUCCCUAGUUAUGUUGCACCUGUUGAUGUCUAUUCCACUGCGAGAUCGAUGGGGCCCGAUUGGCACAUCAACCUUAACUACAAUCUGACUUGGAUUUUGUCAAUUGACUCGGGGUUCUCUUACCUGGUUAGGCUCCAUUUCUGCGAGGUUGCUGAGAACAUAACCCAUUCCAAUCAGAGGGUGUUUACGAUCUUUCUUAAUAACCAAACUGCCCAGAAUGAAGCUGACGUUGCCGCCUGGGCAGGUGAGCAUAAUGGGGUUGGGUUGUACAAGGAUUAUGUAGUAGUUUUGGCUCCAAAGGGAAGCCCUCAGCAGGAUUUGUGGCUUGCACUUCAUCCUUACACUAAUGGAAAGUCUCAGUACUAUGAUGCAAUCCUAAAUGGAGUGGAGGUGUUCAAGAUCAACGAUACAACUGGAAAUCUUGGAGGGCUCAAUCCUAUUGCUCCUCCUAAACAAGAUGAGAUUGACCCGUCUCGGGUUAGACCAUCUCAUGGUAAAUCAAAGAGUCAAACGGCUGUUAUUGCUGGGGGCGUAAGUGGUGGAGUUGUUUUAGCCCUUGUGCUUUGUUUCUUUGCUUUGUUUGUAUCGCGCCGCCGCAGGCAUGGGAAGGACUCGAAUGCAAGUGAAGGGCCAUCUGGGUGGCUUCCUCUUUCUCUGUAUGGGAACUCACACUCUGCAGGUUCUGCCAAGACAAACACGACGGGAAGUUAUGCCUCCUCUCUUCCUUCGAACCUUUGCCGCCAUUUCUCGUUCUCUGAGAUCAAGGCUGCCACCAACAACUUUGAUGAGGCUCUACUCCUCGGUGUGGGAGGUUUUGGCAAAGUUUACAAGGGUGAAAUUGAUGGUGGAACGACCAAGGUUGCAAUCAAGCGGGGGAACCCUCUCUCUGAGCAAGGUGUCCAUGAGUUCCAAACCGAGAUUGAAAUGCUCUCAAAGCUUCGUCACCGCCACCUUGUUUCGCUGAUUGGUUAUUGUGAAGAAAACUGCGAGAUGAUCCUUGUUUAUGAUUACAUGGCCUAUGGUACACUUCGUGAGCAUCUGUACAAGACCCAAAAGCCCCCACUACCCUGGAAACAAAGGCUUGAGAUAUGCAUUGGGGCUGCUCGUGGUUUGCACUAUCUCCACACUGGCGCUAAGCACACCAUCAUACACCGAGAUGUCAAGACAACCAACAUUCUUUUGGACGAGAAGUGGGUGGCAAAGGUCUCUGAUUUCGGGUUGUCAAAAACUGGCCCUACGUUGGAUCAUACUCAUGUCAGUACUGUUGUCAAAGGCAGUUUUGGUUACUUGGAUCCUGAGUACUUCAGGCGGCAACAACUAACGGAAAAAUCUGAUGUUUACUCAUUCGGGGUUGUCCUGUUCGAAAUCUUGUGUGCACGUCCAGCCCUGAACCCCACACUUCCAAAGGAACAAGUGAGCUUAGCUGAGUGGGCUGCACACUGCCACAAGAAGGGCAUUCUUGACCAGAUACUUGACCCUUACCUGAAGGGAAAAAUCGCACCGGAAUGUUUCAAAAAGUUUGCUGAGACAGCCAUGAAAUGUGUAUCUGACCAGGGCAUCGAAAGGCCUUCCAUGGGAGACGUUCUGUGGAACCUCGAGUUUGCUUUGCAGCUGCAAGAGAGCGCCGAGGAAAGCGGUGAAGGCUUUGGCAACAUCGAGGAGGAGCCGUUCAUGCCUUGUAAAGGGAAGGACCCGAAUGCCUCACCGGGCUUUGAUGGUAAUGUGACAGACUCAAGAAGCAGUGGCAUGAGCAUGAGCAUUGGUGGGAGGAGCUUGGCAAGUGAAGACUCCGACGGGCUGACACCAAGUGCUGUGUUUUCACAGAUCAUGAACCCCAAAGGGCGCUGAGAUCAAAAGAGUUAGAGGUGGAAAUCGACCGGCCCACCCGUUGGCACGGCUGAGGAACAGCACGUACUCUUUUGUCACCUUACUCGGCGACGGCACGAGUCAAGUAUUACAUGAAUCCGUCACUGCCUACCAGACAACUAAGAAGACCAAGCUCACAAAUUCGAUAUCUU